CGGGCCGGCCGCAGCGCGCCGAAGCGCCAUUCUCUCGUUGGUAUAAUGUCCCCUUUUUUUGUCAGCCACUUCCGGGUCUUGCGUCGCUCCGGAAGCUCGCGAUUCCGGAAGCCUGGGUAUCUCAGUGUCUGCUAGGAAAAGCCAAGCUUUCCAGAAAAUGUUUCAGGAAAAGUUACGUGGAGCGCGGGCAUCUCGCAGACUCCUAAGGGUGUCACCACGAAAACAGUCCUCCUGCCUUACCCUCCUAAGUAGCUGGGAUCUCAAGGCACUCACCAGUGCACCUGACCUUUUACUUUGGACCCACUUCAAAUCAGGGUCUCCCAUGUGGUCCCAGCCUGCAGAGCAGGACCCAUUAGCCACAAAUGCCACCAAAGCUCCUGGCAAGUAUGAGGCAAAGAUUUCACAGAAUCACUUGCAGCAAAAAUCCCUACUGCCAUAACUGCAGACUCUCAAAUCUCAGAGGAGCUGCAGGAAGGGGGAAAAAGACACUUUAAAAGAAGACAUGGCUCCGAGAGAAGAAAAUGCAAAGAGUACGAACAGAGUGCUGAGGAUAAGUCAGUUGGAUGCGCUUGAACUAAACAAGGCUCUGGAGCAGCUAGUCUGGUCCCAGUUUACUCAGUGCUUUCAUGGAUUUAAGCCAGGGCUGUUAGCCUGCUUUGAACCCGAGGUGAAAGCAUUUUUGUGGCUUUUCUUGUGGCGAUUCACUAUAUACUCCAAAAAUGCCACUGUGGGUCAGUCAGUUUUGAAUAUUCAGUAUAAAAAUGAUUUUUCCCCAAACCUGAAAUAUCAGCCACCGAGUAAGAAUCAAAAGCUCUGGUAUGCCGUUUGUACAGUUGGUGGGAGGUGGUUGGAAGAAAGAGGCUACGAUUUGUUUCGAAACCACCAUUUGGCAUCCUUUGGGAAAGUCAAGCAGUGCAUGAAUUUUGUGGUUGGACUUUUGAAAUUAGGUGAGUUGAUUAAUUUUUUGAUUUUCCUUCAAAGAGGAAAGUUUGCAACUUUGACAGAACGUCUCCUAGGCAUUCGUUCUGUAUUUUGCAAGCCCCAAAACAUACGUGAGGUUGGGUUUGAGUAUAUGAACAGGGAACUUCUCUGGCAUGGUUUUGCUGAGUUCCUGAUUUUUCUCUUACCACUUAUCAAUAUUCAGAAGCUGAAAGCCAAGUUAGCAUCAUGGUGUAUCCCCCUAACUGGUGUUCCUGCUAAUGAUGGUUCAUUAGCCACCAGUGGCAAAGAAUGUUCCCUAUGUGGGGAGUGGCCCACCAUGCCACACACCAUAGGAUGUGAACAUAUCUUCUGUUAUUACUGUGUUAAGAGUAGUUUCCUGUUUGACAUGUACUUUACUUGUCCUAAGUGUGGCACAGAGGUACACAAUCUGCAGCCACUCAAAUCAGGAAUUGAAAUGUCUGAAGUGAAUGCUCUUUAGAAAUUAAAAUCGCUUCCUCUGAGGAAGAAUGUGUUAUGUUCAAUUUGUUAAUAUUAGUCAUCCUAAGUAUCCUAUUUAGGUGUCUUUUAUGAGGCGUGUGCUUCUCAGUCACUGUCUUCUGUUCCUUUCCAGACAUGACAAAAUACUAAUCACUGGAAAUCACAAGAUUCUAAAUAUAUUAAGUAAAUGUCAGUGUGUUAUUUAAAAAAAAAAAAUGAAAAAAGAAUUACAUUCCUGUUUUUAAUGUUAAGAAUAAUGGACAGUUUUUGUCAGAUGACUACUAGGAAUGCAGCUUCAUUUUACUCCUUCCCAGAAAGUUAGGUUGUAUUCUAAAAAUAAAAAAAUUUUGGAGACACCAAGAUGAGUGUGCAUUUAUUUUCAGAGAUGACAUAAUAUACUAAUCUGAUGAUAAGGUUCUGUUGUUUUAAACCUACAGAUCCGUUGUCUCAGUUGUAACUUUAAGCUUUUCUCUGAAGCCACUUUCUUUUCUUUUUC